GACAUAGAUUAUUGUCACUGUCCUAGACUCUGGCGGUGUAUUUGAAAAAUGACCUUUGCAGUGUUACUGUAAAGCAAUGCUCUUCCACAUUGAACCUGAUUUAUUUGAGUACCAUUCCAGGUCAUCUACAAGCAUCAAGCUUCAACCUUUAGUCGCCCACCGCCCCCCAAGACAGAGUCAUUUCAGAUGUUCAACUUCCUGCCCAGUGCGUCACAGACUUCCUGCUCAAAUUGUGACAGCUUUGCACCAUGUGGUGAUAUGAUUGCAGACUCAGGAGUCCUUUGGACCACAGAAAGCCCAGUAUCAGACUAAGCACAUUGGGCCUGCCAGGAUCCCAGUGGAAGUGGUUAGGUACUUUCUCAUGAUUCACCAGUGCCUUCCUCUGAUUGGUGGAGGAAGCCUGAUAUAAGGCUAAGAAUGCCUCAGCUUGUCACAGACAGCAGACCCUCAGCAUGGAGCUUACCUGCAUCCUACUCCUCCUCCUGGCGGCCGUGGCCCUCUCCUCUGGAAUGCCACUCUCCUCUGAAGAGAUUGACGAGCGCCUGUUAGCUGAAAAAUAUCUCCGUCAGUUUUACCACCUGCCUAAUGGACUUCAGGGAUCCCGUAAGCCCUCGGACAGCUUCCAGAGUAAAGUCAGGGAAAUGCAGGAAUUCUUUGGGCUGGAAGUGACAGGAAGCCUUGAUGGCAACACCCUGGAGGUCAUGAAACAGCCCAGGUGUGGAGUUUCCGAUGUGGCUGAAUACAACGUUUUCCCCAGGAACCUUAAAUGGGAAAAUAAGGAAGUGACAUACAGAAUUGUCAACUACACUCCUGACUUACCCAAAUCAGCAGUGGACAAGGUGCUCCAGAAAGCUCUGAACGUGUGGAGCGGUGUGACCCCGCUGACCUUCAGGAGGAUGACAGAGGGCACGGCAGACAUCAUGAUCCAGUUCGGGAACGGAGAGCACGGAGACUUCAACCCUUUUGACGGCCCUAACGGUCUGUUGGCCCAUGCCUACCCCCCUGGCAGGGGCCUCGGAGGAGACACCCACUUUGAUGAAGAUGAGAAGUGGACAAUAGACUCAGAGGAGUAUAAUCUGUUUCGGGUGGCGGUCCAUGAGUUCGGCCAUGCCCUGGGCCUUGCUCACUCCAAUGACCCCGGGGCCCUGAUGUUCCCUAUCUACUCCUACAGCGAGGGGUACCCCCUGUCUGAGGAUGAUGUGGAGGGCAUACAGUUCCUCUAUGGCAAGAACCCGGAUUCACGCAAAGUGCAUCCCAAGCCAGUGGCCCCAAACAAAUGUGACCCAAUGUUGACAUUUGAUGCGGUGACAGAGCUUAGAGGAGAAACAAUGGUCUUCAAAGGGAGGUUUUACUGGCGAGUGCAUCCCAACAUGGCUGAGCCAGAGCUGGCUCUGAUCAAGUCCACAUGGCCAAUGCUUCCAAACAAAGUGGAUGCUGCAUUUGAAAACCCACACAGCGACAGGGUGUUCAUAUUCAGUGGCAUCCGAAUGUGGGCCCUCUCUGGGUAUGACCUGGUGGAGGGCUACCCAAAGUACAUCCAUAAACUGGGCCUGCCUAAGACCAUCAGAAAGGUAGACGCUGCUGUAUACAUUCCAGACACAGGCAAGACCCUCCUCUUCACUGAGGAAGAGUAUUGGAGCUAUGAUGACAACUCAGGCAAGAUGGAGAGUGGAUAUCCAAGAUCCAUUGAAAGUGAUUUCCCUGGAAUAGGAGAGGAAGUGGAUGCUGUUGGAUACCAUUAUGGAUAUUUGAAUUUCUUCCACAAAAGCCUUCAGUUUGAGUACAGCUACAACUCACGGAAAGUCAUUCGUGUCCUGAGACCGAACUCUCUUCUCAACGCAGUGUGCUAACAAGUCAGAGAAUGAAGUAUGCAGGGCAAUACUACUCUAUUUAUGGAGCUGUGAAGUUAUGCAGGGCAAUACUACUCUAUUCAUACUAUUUAUUCAUCUGCUGGACCAGCUAUGUUUUCUGAUGGAAAUGUGAUUUAUCACCCAAAACAGGGUGGCACUGGAGACGCAUGUCAUAUGGACUGAAUGUUUUUAUUACUUAUUUACUUAUAUUAUUCAUACAAAAUAAAUCUGUCUGUGUGCA